AAGGUGACCCCAUGUUUUCACCCUGACAUCAUCACCUGUGUUGUCUGCCUUCCAUCCUGCCUUCUGGCACCCUUACCUAGCCCUGGUAUUUUGUCUACGGCUCUGUUGGUGGUGGUGGCGGUGUGCGGUAGUCACAGUGGUUGUGGUAGCUGCUCCUGAAUGACUCCCUGAGUGUUUGAAGUCGGUGGCCUAGAAAAUGAAAUUCCCGAAUUCUCGGAGCGCAUACAUGAGUGGCGACAUUGUGAAGGGGAGGCAUGUAUUCAGCUGAGAUCACUCAGCUGGUCUGUUGGAUGGCAUUGAAAGAGGAUCUGUGGUGUGCUUCGCUUGCCUUCACCCUGAGUCCGCAUUAUAAGAAAGAACCAGCAAACAAAUUCAAUUUGUCCAGCUUUGUUAUUUAAUCCCUUGCCCUGCUGGUUGUGGCCUGCAUACAUGUAGAUGAAUACUUAUGCAUGCUUGUCAGUGUGCAAGAGAUAAGGUCGUAAUUGUAGGACUUUUCACCGUGGUGGUGGUCGUGCACAGGAGUUGGCCACUCUUCAGUCGGGUUUGUUUCUUCAAGUUGUUGAAAACAUUGUGCGCAGGCACAAGCACCCUAACGUAAAGUACAGGUGUUGCCAGCAUGAGUAGCAGCAGGCACUCACUGAACAAGUUGCCAGCUGUAUGCAGAGGAUUUCGUUGAGCCGCCGCCCCACCUGUUUUCAUGUGCGUGUAUUCCCCCCAAAUCUGGACUCCCUUUUAUGUCAGUGUGGCAUCGGUCUUGUGCUGCUGAGUCGAGAAUCCGGACAAGCAGAAAGGUGCCCUGGAUGAGGGGGAGAUGUUUCUCACUUCUUUGUGUUAAGAGGCUUGACUUGAGGGGUGAAUAGAGCUUGUGAAAGGGAGAGUUCUCCUCAUUCAGAUAUUCCAAGAAUCGGGUCUCAGCACGUGAUGCAUCAAUUGCCUUGGACAUAAACACGCCGGACGAACAGGACCGGAGAGGGAGGUACACCCAGUCACUUGCUCCCUUCAUGCAAGAAGCCUUUCAUUUGAGGAACGAUUCGACCAAGAUUGUCAAGAGACACUGUGUGUUGUUCUCCUGUCUACAACCAGCCAGUACACGUUUGAUGUAUUUGUAUGAGGCCUGUCUAGCCACCAGUAUGUAAUUCAGUCAUGGAUGGAAUUCAGUCAUCUACAGGUCAUGUAUACAAGUACACAUUUUCUCCUUUUAGACUCAGAUCAUGGAGCUGUUAAACAGAUCCACCUGUGGAUAUACAAGUAGAGAACACCUGUGCAUCAUAUAGAAGGACCACAGUGACAGAGAGAGGACUACAUGUAUGGUACAUGCGUAUAUGUACAUGUACAUGGUUAUGAGCUCACUGUUUAAAGUACAGUACAGUAAGGUGGUUCUCCGUGAACAUAUACAGUACAUGUACUGCCAGCUUUGUGUCACAAGGGCAGUGAAAAGUUUCAUUACUACGGGCCUGCUUAUCCUCAGCAAACAGGGCGCACAAAAAACCUCAGGAAUUCCUGCAGCAUUGUUGUGGGGAGUCGCCAUCCCUUCCCCCAAAACACAGCGGGCGAUACCCCUUUGCCCUUCACCCAUGAGGAAACUCCUCCGUCUGCAUGACUCACUCCAGGGUAAUGCCGCCAUGAAGUGCUGCCUCUGUUCUUGUUCCACCAGCCCCCUUGACCUCGGGCCAGGGAAGAAAACUUCAUUUUUCUUUGCUCGUGCUCCAGCCAAGACCAAUGACGAAACAUUGGAAGAGAAGGAGAAAUUGAAGUACUAUGAGCAGGUUGUACAAUCAUUGCUAGAGGCAGAGAGGAAACACGAACAGGAAUUGAGAUCACUAUUAACAACGUAUUUAAGGCCGUUAGAAUCCGCCAAUGUCUUGUCAGCGAGCGACUUCGCCUUGCUCUGUGGCAACAUCGAAGAGUUGUUAAGCUUUCAGCAAUCCCUCCUGGCGUCGUUAGAAGAGACUGCCAAGUUAGAACAUCGGCAGAAGAGAGUUGGUGCUUGUCUCAUGAGGGCAGCAACGCAGUACAAAUCACUCUACUCGGCCUACUGUGCCAACCACCCCAAGGCUGUCCAUGUAUUACAAGAGCACGGUGAAGAACUGGGAAAAUUUAUGGAGAGUAAAGGAGCCCCCAGCCCUGGAAUCAUGUUGUUAACAGUCAGUCUGAGCAAUCCCUUCAGAAGGUUAGACAACUUCAUCACCUCUUUCCAGGAGCUGGAGAGACACAUAUUAAAUACACAUCCAGACAGAAUAGAGAUUCAGACCUGUGUGUCGGUGUACAGAGAUAUUAAGAACCAUUGUUUAAGAGUCAGGAAAUUAAAGGAGGCAGAGUUCGAGAUCAUGACGGGCACAAUACAAGGCUGGGAGGGAGAUGCUAUUGAUACGUACGGGGAGGUCAUCAAAUUCAUCAACGCUGCUAUCAUGGUCGACGGCAUCAAGAAGGAACGCUUCCUCCUCCUGUUCCCCUCCUGCCUGUUGGUAUUGUCUGCUACGACUGCUAUGAGUGGCUACAUCUUCCAGUAUAAGAUUCCACUCGCUGGCAUCAAGACAAGUCGGCAGCCAGACACCAACCCCAACUACGUGGCCUUUGACCUGAGCGGUGGAUCGGCUGAGAAGCAGACCAUCGUCUGUGGGAGUCUGAUGGAUCGGGAGGACCUGUUGGACACGAUAGACGAGCUGCAGAACAAGGAUAGACCACCCACCACGCCCCUCACCCCUCUCCCUCCGAUAUCGCCCGCGAUGCUACCGCAGUCGCCCACGAUGGCAACUCAAGGAAAGAAUGAGCCCAUGUCCAGGAGAGAGAGGAACAGCUCCUCCACCAGCCCGACGCGGACCAACCCCUCGGCCACCGCGGCCUUCACCAAGCACAAGCCCAAGUCCAUCAGUUGCUUGCGGCCCGGCGCCCCGGUCAGUCCUAUCACCGUCUGGGCCCUGAAGGAGGGGCAGGCCAAGAGCCCCAAGAACAAGAAAAAAGUGCUGCACGGCAGCCGCAAGAAAGCAGCCGAGAAGAGCAAGACCCUCCCCAUGGACAGCUCGUCCCUGAAAGGGAUGGACAGCCAGGCGCUGGAGGAGGACAGUCGCAUCUUGAAGGUGAUCGAGGCGUAUUGCACCAGCGUGGGCUCCCGCAACACCAUCAACUCAGUGCCGGUAGAACCCGCGCCCCACGUCUUUUUGGCCGAGGAAGAGAAGAUAAUUCACGAGGAGACCAAAGGAAACGAGACUAUAGUCGAAGAAAAGAGUCUGAUUGAUACCGUCUACGCCCUCCGCGACCAAGUCAAAGACCUCGUCGACGAGACCAAACGCCUCAAGCGCGACCUGGACGAUGAGCGAAGAGCGCGGAAGAAGUUGGAAUCCACAGUCCGCAAAUCCAUGAAAAGCGGAGACAUCAAGCUGAGCGACGGGAGCUUAUGACGACCAAAGUGCGGGCAGAACUAACCCAUUAGAAUUUCUGCACGGCGAGCAAGGAAAAAAAAUGUAAACAGCUAUAUAUGUAUAUAGAUAUUAAGUUCUGAGGCAAAUUUAAAAUGAAUAAAAAUCCUAAACUCAGAUUAAUGUGUUUGUUUAUAGUCAAACUAUUUUGUCAUUUCUUUUUUUUUUAGUUUUGUUGUAAAAAUGCAGCGUCCUUUCUGUAAAGACCAGUUGUGGUCUUUUUGUGCCUAAUGUUCAGGAUCUGUCCAGCAGUGGCUUGUGUUCAUUCUUGGGAUUUUGUGUUGGGUUUUUUGGUCAUCUGGUGACUUGAUUUUGUGGAUGAGACUUACCGUGCUCUCGCAGUCUUCACAGCUGCAGCUUGUGAAUACAAGUUAUGAUGACGCAUCAAUCCUUGUCACAGCUGGGCAAAUCUUGAACGGGGGAACGAGAGAAAGAGGCAUCGCCAGAAAGUCAAUACGAUACAUAAGGAUCAGCUUGUGUGGGAGUCAGCAUUACAAAAACUCAAUCGUCUUAAGAAGUCCCUGCAUUGAUGGUGACCACUCAUCUAAAAUGUGAAGUGUACAUUUGUGUUUUCUAGGAAUAUAAAAACCAUCAGAUCCCAUGGAGAUUGGUUGUCAGUUUUUUCCUGAUGAAGAUUCAGUUCAGUUUUCCUUCAAAUAGUUUCUGAAGUUUAACUUUAAAGCUAGGAUUAGUUACACGUAUAUGUCUUAUAUUUUAUUCUUUUUUUUAUCUUUUGAUAAUCAGCAGGGUAUUUUGCUAAAAAUCUCCAAUCCAUCGUAUCUGUUUUUGGUUGCUUUGAGUAUCAACUAUUGUAGGUUUGUUUUCUACACAUGUAAUAAAUGCUAAGCUUUUUUAUCACUCUCAAAACUUGGACUUGCAAACCACACUGGAUCCAGAUUACAAUCAGUGAUCUGUCAUUGGCGUACCGACACCAGAACCCGCCUAAUGGAUAGUUGUUGAUGUUUAAUAGCCACUCUGGGUCACAUGACUUUGCUGACGCAGUUGGUCUAUUAUUUCCAAGUGCCUGAAAAGCAGGAGUCAUCCCAAUCUAACUGUACCCCCUACUGUCAAAAAAGGAAGUGAUCUUCCAGUGGCUGUUUGUAUUUGUUUAAGUUCUGGUUUCACUUUCCUUUGGGGAAAUUGUCAGUUUCAAUAUUUGUUCAAAAGAAGUUCCUUUUUUCAGCCUUUUCUUCCGAGGAUGUGCCCAAACAACUGUAAAUUUUAUUAAUUUCAUUUUCAUAUAGACAUGUUGAUGCAUUUUUAUUUUGGUCAGAGCUAAAUUUGCAGGUGUCGUUUGUUGGGAAAAAUUGUUGAAUUUGAUUAUGUAGGUGAUUUCAACCCACUGGUGAAUUUGUAGAAAAAAAGAACUAAAAAAGACUAGGUAUCAAAAUUGAGAAGUUUUCAGGGUCUGUGCACAGAAUAAAAUUCAGAGUUGAAGAAGGCACUUGUAUUUUUUUUCCCUUAAGAAAGAAAUGUCAUUUUUGUUUAAUGAUCUUUGUACACUUCAGAAAUUGUAGAGGGAUUGUUAUUUUCUAAGUCAAAUUGAAUUGAAAUUAUAAUAAUUUAACUUGCUGGAAGUUCCUUGUUAAAAAGUACACUUAGUGUAAAUAACCUGUAUAAAAAUUAACCAAAAAUAUUUAACCUCUGUAUUUUGUCACUAUUUUCACUCUAGUUUCCAUGGUAAUGUAAUGCCCGAAUUGGGUUAGUCUGAACUGAAAAAAAAAGCACGGCAAAACUGUCAUUUGCUUCAUUUACUACUUCAGUGGGUAUUAUAGACGACACCCCGACAUGAAUAUUAAUUAUGAAAACUUAUUUACAUUAAUAACCACGCCCUGUUCCUCAUGCAUAAUGCAGUUUGUGCUGUGAACUUUUUAGUCUGUUUACUUUUUCUCCUAAGGAUAUUCCAUCUUGUUUAGUCAAUUUAUCCUUAAACAGUUUAUAAAAACAGUAAAAAAAAA